AAAGUAAUUAUCAAAAUCUGCUAGAGCCCUUUCAAAAUGUUGACCAGUCAGGUCUGACCUAGUAUGAUCGCAUUUACGAAUGUUUUCAUAAAUAGCUGUGCAGUCUGUGAAUUGAAUUUUAAUCCUGGAUUAUCCUGCAUUUCAUGACUGUUUUGCGAAUAUUAAUUUUCUCCAAGAUGGAAGAGGCGCUUUACGAUCUGACGGGGUUAAAGACCUUGGAGGAGAUCCCCUCACUCAUGACACUUGGACAAGGAUUCAUCAGUGAAUGCAGGAGUUUCCAGAGUGAGAAAGGAAAAUUCUUUGUCAAGAUGAACACUAAAAGUCAGGCAAGGACAAUGUUUGAAGGCGAAAAGGCCGGCUUGAGCGCCAUCUUAGCCACUGGAUUGGUCCGCUGCCCGAGACCUAUCGAGAUCUACGACCUCAAGGAUGGUCCAGGAUCGAUCUUUGUCAUGGAGUAUAUGGAAUUGAGAGAUCUUGAUCGGUAUGCUGCCACGUUGGGUGAAGCUAUUGCAAGGUUACAUCUCCACAACAGUCGUCUGAAGACGAAAGAGGAAAAGCACGAAGGCAGGAUCGGUGGGGUCCCGGUUUCGCGUCCUACAUACAUGCAGGAUGUAAAUGGGGAAGAUGUCGAGGAGGAAACCCAGCGAUCUGUCUCUCAGUUUGGAUUCCAUACCACAACUUGCGGAGGAUAUCAACCUUUAGAUAACACAUGGUCGGAUGAUUGGAUGAAUUUCUACGUCCGCCAAAGACUAAAGCCUAAAGUAGACAACAUUGAACGAAAGUAUGGGGACCGCACACUCAUCGAGCUGUGGCCGCGUCUUCUAGCGGUUAUACCGAGGUUGUACCGCGGUAUUGACAGCAUCGUCCCUGCCUUACUUCAUGGUGACCUCCACGGGGGUAACGUCGCAGAGACAACGACGGGGCCAGUGACAUAUGAUCCUGCUUGUUUCUACGGGCAUCACGAGUUGGAUCUUGCUGAGACGCGAGACUUUGUCGACUUCAACCAAGAUUUCUACCCAGCCUAUUACCGAUUGGUUCCCAAAGCAGAGGGUUUCGACGAGAGGGAAAAACUCUAUAAAAUAUUCCAUUACCUCAACAACUGGAGUCACUUUGGACCCAAGUAUAAAGACAAAGUAAUAACGCUCAUCGGCGAGCUGGUGGAAAAGUGACCAUGUACUGCUUUAUAUGUAUAUUCUACAUAUAGAAUACUGAUAUGCAAAUUAUACAGUCUAAUUUGAAACAUGGUAUUGCAUUUUGAUAUAUCUCAUUGUGAAUAUUAUAUCAUAUAUAUCAUAUCAAUGUACAGUA